GACCCGGAAGCGCGCGCGUCACGUGGCGCGGCGUGGGUCGCUGCCUUGGAAACGUGUAGCGCGCGCCCCGGGCUGAGCUGCUCUGCGGGGAGGGGUGUCUCGCGGCGAGGGAAGGGGCUGCUCCAGGGGCACGAUGCUGUGCGCCCGGUGGCUCGGCGGUCUCGGGGCCGGGGUAGCUGCUCUGCGGCCGGGGCGGGCGGGCCGGGGCGGCUUCGCAGCCGGGAUCCGGGUCCGAAGGGUCAGCACCAGCUGGUCCCCGGUGGGCGCCGCCUUCAAUGUCAAGCCCCAGGGCCGCCGCCUGGACCUGUUUGGCGAGUGCCGGGGUCUUUUUGGAGUUCCUGAGCUCAGUGCCCCAGAAGGAUUUUAUGUUGCAAAAGAAAAAGCCUUGAGAAAGGCAGAGUUGCUUGUGGAGCGGGCGUGUUCUACCCCACCUGGGCCCCAGACCGUGCUCAUCUUUGACGAGCUCUCCGAUUCUUUGUGCAGAGUGGCCGACUUGGCUGAUUUUGUGAAGAUUGCUCACCCUGAGCCGGCAUUCAGAGAGGCCGCGGAGGAAGCCUGUAGAAGUAUUGGCACCAUGGUAGAAAAGUUGAACACAAAUGUGGAAUUAUAUCAAAGUUUACAGAAGUUACUAGCUGAUAAAAAACUUGUGGAUUCCCUUGAUCCAGAAACCAGGCGAGUGGCUGAACUAUUUAUGUUUGAUUUUGAAAUCAGUGGAAUCCAUCUAGACAAAGAAAAGCGUAAAAGAGCAGUGGACCUUAAUGUUAAAAUUUUGGAUUUGAGUAGUACAUUUCUUAUGGGAACCAACUUUCCCAACAAGAUUGAGAAGAAUCUCUUACCAGAACACAUUCGCCAUAACUUUGUAUCUGAUGGGGAUCAUAUAAUAAUUGAUGGUCUCCAUGCAGAAGCACCAGAUGACCUGGUGCGAGAAGCUGCUUAUAAAAUUUUUCUCUAUCCCAAUGCUGGUCAGUUGAAAUGUUUAGAAGAAUUGCUGAGCAACAGAGAUCUUCUGGCAAAGUUAGUAGGCUAUUCUACAUUUUCCCACAGGGCUCUUCAAGGAACAAUAGCUAAAAAUCCAGAGACUGUCAUGCAAUUUCUUGAGAAACUAUCUGACAAACUUUCUGAAAGAACUAUAAAAGAUUUUGAGAUGAUACGAAGGAUGAAAAUGAAAUUAAAUCCUCAAAAUUCUGAAUUAAUGCCUUGGGAUCCCCCCUACUACAGUGGUGUGAUUCGUGCAGAGAGGUAUAACAUUGAGCCCAGUUUAUAUUGCCCAUUUUUUUCCCUUGGAGCAUGCAUGGAAGGCCUGAAUAUUUUGUUCAGCAAACUCUUGGGGAUUUCAUUCUAUGCAGAGCAGCCUGCAAAAGGAGAGGUGUGGUGUGAAGAUGUUCGAAAACUGGCUGUCGUUCAUGAAUCUGAAGGAUUGCUGGGGUACAUUUACUGUGAUUUUUUUCAGCGAGCAGACAAACCACAUCAGGAUUGCCAUUUUACAAUCCGUGGAGGUAGAUUAAAGGAAGAUGGAGAAUAUCAACUCCCAGUAGUAGUUCUUAUGCUGAAUCUUCCCCAUUCCUCAAGGAAUUCACCAACUUUAUUAACUCCUGGAAUGAUGGAAAAUCUUUUCCAUGAAAUGGGGCAUGCCAUGCAUUCUAUGCUGGGACGCACUCGUUACCAGCAUGUCACUGGGACCAGGUGCCCCACUGAUUUUGCAGAGGUUCCUUCUAUUCUGAUGGAGUACUUUGCAAAUGAUUAUCGAGUGGUUAACCAGUUUGCCAGACAUUAUCAGACUGGGCAGGCACUGCCAAAAAAUAUGGUGUCUCGUCUUUGUGAAUCCAAGAAGGUUUGUGCUGCAGCUGAUAUGCAACUCCAGGUCUUUUAUGCCACUCUGGAUCAAAUCUACCAUGGGAAGCAUCCUUUGAGGAGGUCCACAACAGAUAUUCUCAAGGAAACACAGGAGAAGUUUUAUGGCUUACCAUACGUUCCAGACACUGCCUGGCAGCUACGAUUCAGCCACCUCGUGGGCUAUGGUGCCAAAUAUUACUCUUACUUGAUGUCCAGGGCAGUAGCUUCCAUGGUUUGGAAGGAAUGUUUUCUACGGGAUCCUUUCAACAGGGCCGCCGGGGAGCGCUACCGCAGGGAGAUGCUGGCCCACGGUGGGGGAAAGGAGCCCAUGCUCAUGGUUCAAGGUAUGCUUCAGAAGUGCCCUUCCGUUGACGACUUUGUAAGUGCUCUCGUAUCUGACUUGGACUUGGACUUCGAAACUUUCCUCAUGGAUUCUGAAUAAUCGAAACACCCUGAGUCUUUUAAAUCAAGCCCAUGUAGAUAUUAACCUUGUUGUAAAUGCUACAGCUGUGCAAACUUAUUUCUGAUUUCAGUAUUCACUUCUGUAAUAACUUUUGAAAAACCUUAAACUGAUGGAACUUGGAAUAAAUAAUGUGUUUUAAUUGUG